AUGGCAGCUUUCAACUUCACCCCUUCUGACCCCUCAACAUUCAUCCUAAUGGGCAUCCCUGGCCUGGAAACUGCCCAUGUCCUGAUUUCCAUCCCUUUCUCUAUGUUCUACAUUAUCGGUCUGUUGGGAAAUUUCAUGAUUCUGUUUGUUGUAGCCAAAGAGCAGACCCUGCACAAGCCGAUGUACCUGUUGCUGUGCAUGCUGGUGCUCACAGACAUCGGCACAUCAACCUCCAUCAUGCCAAAGGCGCUCUUUAUAUUUUUGUUCAAUUUGAAGAACAUUAUUGUGGGUGGCUGCCUCACCCAGAUGUUCUUCCUUCAUGGAGUUUCUAUUUUGCACUCUUCCAUCCUCAUAACAAUGGCCUUCGAUCGCUAUGUUGCCAUAUAUAACCCUCUGAGAUACACCACCAUCCUCACCAACAUGCAAAUAGCUAAGCUAGGGCUUGUAGGUUUAAUAAGAGAUGUUCUCUUAAUUCUGCCAAUGCCCUUGCUCCUGACCAAGCUGCCAUUCUGUGCCAAACACAUUAUCUCCCAUACGUACUGUGAGCACAUAGAUGUGGCAAAGAUGUCAUGUGGGAACAUCACAGUGAACAGGAUGUAUGGCUUGGUUUUGGCUUUUGUAGUCAUUGGGUUAGACCUGAGGCUCAUUGCCCUGUCCUACGGUCUGAUCAUCAGAGUCGUCCUCAGAAUCUUGUCCAAGGAAACCCACCAGAAAGCUCUCAACACCUGCACCGCCCACAUCUGUGUGAUGAUGAUGUCUUAUACUCCUGGCCUCUUCUCCACUCUGUCACACCAGUUCAGUCAAGGCAUUUCUCCCCAUGUUCACAUCAUCUUGUCAAAUCUCUAUUUCCUCACCCCCCCCCAUGCUUCACCCAAUCAUUUAUGGGGUCAAAACCAAAGAGCUUUGUGA